CACUGCACUGUGUGAUCGUGCAGCCGGCCUCGGCGUUGGUUAGAGCGUGUGUUGUAGGGGGAGUCAGGAUGGUGGACCAGCCUCUGUGGGAGCAGAUAGGAUCCAGCUUCGUGCAGCACUACUACCACUUGUUUGACUCUGACAGAUCACAACUUGGAUCUAUAUAUAUCGAUGCGUCAUGCCUUACAUGGGAAGGACAACAGUUCCAGGGGAAAAGAGCAAUUGUUGAGAAACUCUCUAGUCUCCCCUUCACAAAAAUAGCGCAUAGUAUAACAGCGCAGGACCACCAGCCAACUCCAGACUGCUGCAUCUUGAGUAUGGUUAUAGGACAGCUAAAAGCAGAUGAUGACCCCAUCAUGGGUUUCCAUCAGAGUUUCAUCCUGAAGAACAUUAACGAUGCAUGGGUGUGCACCAAUGACAUGUUCAGGCUGGCCAUUCACAACUUUGGCUAAACCCCCUCCCCACUCUGGUGGGCAGGGGCGAUCAUGAUGAAGGGCACUGUGUGAUGAAGUAUGGAGGGAGGGCAGGGAGGAGUUGAGGAUGGAGAGAAGAGAGAAUGCUCAUCCCUCCCUCCUGCUGUCUCAUUUACGCCUGUUUGAUAAACAAGCAAACACCGGAUUCUAGAUGUCAAUCACUGAACCUCAUCCAGGUGGGUUUUCAGACCACCCCAGCCAGUAGAACUGCAACAUGUUUCUUUGCUGCGAGCCGGCCGACCAAUCAGAUGCCCCUGUCUGCCACUCUGCUGAUCUGCAUGACGCUGGGGAGCCACCCCUUCCCCUUCCUCCCAUUACAAUAUCUACACUCAAGCCACCAGAAAGACAAACAGCUGACCGACGCCAUUAACUCAUACUCUGCUCUGCUCUCCACCCUUCUUUACUCAAUUCUAACCCACUCUACUGUUCACUUUACUGCUGUCAACUCAGUUCAGCACUGUUGUUGACUGGUUUGUAGAUCCAUGUUCAGGUUCAGUCGGCUUGUUCAGCUCCGACCUCUUGUGUUGUAAGUUGUUUUUAGAUGCCACUUGUGUGUUGCCUUAGUGUGUUUAACUGGGUUUUAUCUUCCUUUACAUUGUUUACUUUGCCAUGAUUCACUCUCUAAUGCCAGGCUUUGCUCUCGCAAACCAAAGAGUCAUGGAGGACAUAAAGUUUGACCCUGCUGUGUGAUUGGCUCUGAUCCUGCAUACUCUGUCUCUCUCUGUCUCUCUCUUUCUCUCACUCUGACGUCUGGCAGUUACCAUGGACUACAGCCACGAUAGACAAUAAAACCUGGACUUCUUUCUUAA